CGGGAAGCCAAUUCUUUAUAACACAUGCCAGUUCUCACGCGGUAAUCACUGGACGAAGUGGUCCUUGACAAGCCCCUGAGGAGACACCUUCAAGUGCCCCGAUGGUGAAAAUAAAGCAAGUGUGCAGCCAAGCUUUGGUCAUUGCAGGCCGCGAAGUUAACAAGAUGGGAGCUUACGUGCACCUCUUCCUUUCAUUUCUUGCCGUGAUAUCUAACUACAACGCCCAAGCCUUCGCGCCAUCAGACAUCCCCGACCGGCGGUACCUGAAAGCCUACAUCAGCGAUGAUCCCGACGGCCCCUACCACGAGUUCCUGGACUACUCCCCCGACCUGAGGGACCAGGGCCUCGAUAACUCCAUUAAACGCGUCUGCUUGACUGGAUUUUGGUUGUUAUACUCAGAUUACAACUACAGUGAGGAGUCCAGUGAAAGAUUGGGACCGGUUCAUGUCAACGGUUGCGAAGCCUUGCCACCCUCAUUAUCAACGUCGUCUCUACGGUACGCGGGCAGCCCCUACCACCUGGACGACUCCUACUACAACCUCUACGAGGGCAUCAAAUACCGCGGGCAGGAAUUCAGGGGCAACACCAACGCCGACUCGUUGCUGGAAUUCGACUUGAGGAUGUCUUCUGUGAUCAUAUGUGGACAGUCGCCGUGGACUUUCUUCACGGGCCUGCAGUUCACCGGAGAGGCUGUGUGCUUGUAUCCUACCCAUAUUAAUACCGGCAACAACAUUUCCCUUCAUUGGAACUUUGCUCAGAACAUGUCGCAAUUGGGCCUGCCGGACAACUCGAUCAGGUCGGUGGCCAAGGGCUGCCUCACCGACAACGUCUACAGGGGCGACCGCCCCCACCAAGGGGGGCUUGGAGACGCAGUGGUAUAGGUCUAAUGACUUCUGGUUGUUUAGUACAGUUGUUUAUUCGUUCAAUGGUUUGAAGUUGAUACUUGAUAAUCACGCUCACAUAUUCUUCUUUUUGCAUGUGAUGCAACCACCGUGUGCAAUUACGUCGUGAAGGCAACACAGAUAUUUUCUAAAGUGAACAAACUACAUAGUAGCAACGACACAAAACAGUGCCAUGAAAUCUGUGAAAAUUAUUGGCAUUAUAUAAUUGGUAUUAAGUUACUAUUAUUUGGAAACACAUGAUGUAUCUAGGCAGGCAUAGUAUUUCCCAUAAUAAUUCUAAUAUUAAUUUCUAAUCACUAUACCAUUAAUUCGUUCAUGUCACAUAGUGAUAACUGUUGGGUUCCUUAUGUGACAUAUAAAUUUUAAUCUGUUCUUGUAUCUCAAUGUAUAUCGACUUUUUCUGUCAUCAUGAUUGAGAAAACAUAAUAAAUAAUAUGAAACAGAUUUUUGAUAGCUUCUCUGCAGAUCAAUUCCAAAGAAAUGUGAACCCAAAUCAUAAUUCUAAGCGUCUAGAACAGACAGCUGUGCCUAUACUUAUUAUCGGGCCCCGGUGUGUUGAGACGUAGCCGAAACAGACUUCCGAUUGAACAAAAUUUGCUAAUAUAAAUUGAAACGUCAAUAAAACCAGUAGAGUUAUUUUUCGCAUUACAUGCAUGGCUGUGUUUCAUAAUGCUGUCCCCGAGCGUUACGGUGCUAAAUGGACAGAAUAAUUGAGAGAAUUUGGGAGAAGUGGCAAAAAUCUACGAUUGUACUCAUCAUUCACAGUGGUGACACUCACUCAAUGUUACUCGACGUACGUGAAGAAAGUCAACGGCGACUAUCCAUUAAUGAUCACAGAGGACACUUGCAUGACCAAGUUGGCGACGGUUGCGGCUUUAAUGUUGCUUUUGAAUUCAUUGCCCGUCCACCACGUCUUCUCGGAUCUGACGUGGGAAUAAUUCUUUAAUAGCCAUCAGUUAAGCUGCUGGAUCACUACCUGUGUGUGGUAUCUCCGAUGUCAGAGCAAAAGUGCUUUUACACGGUGCGACUAGUCGCGUCGCUUAGUCGAGUCGACUACAGUUUAGCCGGCUGAGAGCCUAUACACGAGGAGUGUAUUUUCGGUCCAGUCCGCUAGCGCCAGUGCGACGUUGGAAGUCAAGUAAAGUGAGUGCAUGGUGGAAGCAAGCGAGUGUGCCACAGUUGUGCGCAUUACAGCGACAAAGAGAGAGAGAGACGCCGCAGUUAGACAAACUACGAAGGCCGAUGCGGUACUGGGCACACUCGAGUCGAGUCUCGACUGGCUCAAAACAACGUGUGAGGUGCUUUGGGCGCAAUGCACCAGCUGGUCGCCUCUGAAGACGUUAAUCAUCACACAUAUUUAUAGAGUCGACUCAACUAUUCGACGCAACUAGUCGCCUCAUGUAUAAGCACCUUAAUAGUGCUAAAAUUCAUACAUUGUUUUAUAGUGCGUAAUUGUCGAAUAAAAUUUUGGUUUUGUCGUGUUCAAGGAUUUAUUAUCUCUUCUGUUUAUAGGAUCACACAAUUAAUUUUGUGAAACUCCCAGCUCUAUCUCUCUCCUUACGCCUCCGAUUUGUUAUUGUUUCUAUCGUUUCAUGCGCUCGAUUUGAUUCGUGUAUUGUUUGCCGCUUAUGUUUAAAUAUAUCCACUAUAGCAAUGCCA